UUCUUCAAAGUCGUGACUCCAUCAAAGAAAACAGAUGAGAAUCAAUCUUCAGAUUUAGAGCAGAUCGAGGAUAGAUCAAAUGAUGCUAAUAAUGAAGUCUUGGAAGUAAACAAUGUAAAUGAUGAAACUGAAGCAGCAAAAGGAAAAGAAAAAGAAGUUCAGGAAUUUACAUUUGGUGGUGAAAUAAGUACUUUCAAAGAAAAGUUUCUUCUCUCAAACGAUGCAGCGACUUGGCCGGUGCCAAUGCCAGACGACAUUCGACUAGAAAUAAUACAGAUCGGUAGUUCGACAUUUCAAAACAAGGAUGGACCAUUUUUGCCAAUAGAAAGAGUCGGAGAAUCAACUAAAGGAACAAAUAGGAGCUUGACGUCUUCAUGGUUUUAUGCAAGUUUACCGGAUGGAACCAAAUUUUUGAGAAAAUGGAUGGUUUUUUCAUUAUCAACAAAUAAGUUGUAUUGUUUCUGCUGUCGAAUCUUUGCAACGGACGAUGAUCUAGAAAAAAAAUUUGUUUCUGGUUUUGAUCGGUGGUGGAAAUUGAAUCCGAAAGUUACGCAACAUGAGUCGUCCAACGAACACUUGUCAAAUUUCGAGAAAUGGAAAACCUUGACAGUCAGGCUUCAUAGCGGAAAAACUAUUGAUCAUAGCACUGAAAAAGUCAUCAAUUCUGAAACUAAAAAAUGGCGUGAUAUUCUGCACAGACUAUUGGACAUCACGCUUUUUUUGGCAAAACAAAACCUUUCGUUCCGGGGCCACAGAGAAGAUUUUGAAUCGGAAAAUCGUGGAAACUUUUUGGAGUUAAUCAAGCUAAUGGCUCGCUAUGAUCCUGUUUUGAGAGAACAUUGGACGAAUUUAGAAAAAUCAGCAGGCGGACCCAAAAGACUGCCAUCUUAUUUAUCUAAGGGUAUUCAGAAUGAGUUCAUAAACAUCUUAGGCGACCACGUUCUGGAAAAUAUUAUUGUUGAUGUGAAAAAGGCAAAAUAUUACGGCAUGUUAUUUGAUAGCACACCAGAUAGUAGUCAUGUCGACCAAAUGAGCAAAAUAAUAAG